AUGAUCGCAUCUGAUAAAUUCUUUAUCCACUCAAGAUCAUCAUCCCUUAGAGGAAAUUCUUUUGAUUCUGAUAAAUCUGGAGGCAGGAUUUUGGACAUGGUUCUUGGUGGUGGCGGAGGAAGCACAGAGAAAAUGCUGUUUGGCUUUGGCCUGGAGCUUUCAGGACCCGGAUCCGGAAUUUUCCAUGGUUUGAUCCGGGUCAGUGAAGCCCAGGCAGCAAUUGCAGCGUUUUUCUCAGCCUGCUUUUUAGUCUUCGCCGGUUCACCGGUGAAUCUCAGGCCGGCCAGCUCGACGGUGCUGGGACGUGACCCGGACCGGAUCUGGUCGUGGUGUACAACGGAAGUUUUAAGCCGGCCCUGUGAGCCGUCUCCUGGAGCAGAUUCUUGUACACUCCGAAAGAAAAAGUACAAGGACUCUAGCGGACUUGGAGGGGCCACGGGCGGAGAGGGAGUUGAGGGCGACCUCCGCCGCCGCGUGCUCCGCCUGCCGGAGGGUGGUGGAAUAAGACGGGCUCUCGAAGAUCUCGCCGUUGAAAUUGACGGAAGCCUUGAAGCGGGGCGCGUGGUCGGGACCUUCCCGGAUGCACGCGUAGGCCGGGAGAGUAGAGCUUUGAGUUGUUUAACUUUACAAGGAAAGGAAGGAAAUGAAGUAAUUGUGGAGAUGUUGGAGUGA